AUGGCAGGGGAUGUCACAUAUGCGGAUGUGGCAAUGCUGCCUAGGGAAAAACCACACAUUCCUUCUCAGACACCAGUUCCAGGAAACAUGAUCAUGUACGCUGAGCUGCGCGUGAAGCCAAAACCCAAAGGCAACAGCAGACCAGAGACUUCCUCUUCUGGCUGUCGACACAGGUGCUCAGCCUGGUUCUAUGUGGUGCUGGUCCUGGGAGUCCUUGUGCUCAUUCUGCUCGGAGUCAUAGCCAUACAAGCCAAGCAAUUUUUGAAGGGCAGAGCAGGAAAAUCAGAAGGUUUGUCCCAGUAUAGUCUGAAUAGCAGCGGCAAUCACAUUUCUUCAGAGAAGACCUUCCCUGCAGUGCUCCUGAAAUGGCUCAUGGAGGAACUGUGUGAAGAUGGACAGGGAACUACAUGUGAGCUCUGUCCUCCCGGGUGGCAGCUGCACAGGGGCAGAUGUUACUACUUCUCUGAGGAGGCUAGAAGUUGGGAUGACAGCCAGAAAAAGUGUCUGGCCAGGAAAUCCCAGCUUCUUGUCAUUGAAGAUGAAAUUGAGAUGGAAUUUAUAGACAAUAAAGAGAAAGAUCCCAAAUAUAUCUGGAUUGUGUUGAAGACUCAAGACAAGAAGAAACAAUGGAGUUCAGUUGGAGAUCAUGGAGUAAAAGUAAACAGCAGGAGAGCUCUAAAGAGAAUUGAGACCGACAAGAACUGUGCUGUUUACAGAAGGAAAAAUGUGAUCCAAGCAGACAACUGUCAGACAUUGAAAAAGUGGAUCUGUAAGAAGAACGCAACUUUGCUGGAGCUCUGA